AUGAUACAGAAAGUUAAGGCAACCAUGAUCAAGCUGAGGUACUCCAAGAGGCUGUUCAAGAGGAGCUCCUGGUCGAAGGCCAGUGCUGGCGGCGGCCAUGGCAGUGUCGGCGGCGGUGGGGAGAUAGAGUGGGAGGUGAGACCGGGAGGGAUGCUGGUGCAGAAGAGGGACGGGGGGCGGGCGGAGGAGGUGAUCAUGGUGAGGGUGUCCACUGGAUUCUCAUGGCAUGAUGUCUCCAUUGGGGCCACACGCACUUUUGGGGAACUGAAGGUGAUGCUGUCCAUGGUGACCGGGCUGGAGCCGAGGGAGCAGAGGCUGCUGUUCAAGGGGAAAGAGAGGGAGGACACUGACCACCUCCACAUGGUUGGGGUGAGGGACAAGGACAAGGUACUCCUUCUCGAGGACCCUGCCCUCAAGGAUAUGAAGCUCCGUGCGGCGAGAGCGGUUGCGGCACAGGUCACGCAAAACCCGCGCCAGCCUUUUAUCCAGGUGUAG